CGUGCGGCCUGCCGGGAGCCGGCGUCUCUUCCUUGGCUACGGCAGCCGGGGAGGGUCGCGGGUGGUCACGUUCUCUGCGAGUCGCAGCCAUGGCGGCUGGGCCUCCCCCGCCGCUGGAGCCCAGCCCGCUACCGGUGUUCAGCGAUGAGGGCUUCGGGGACAAGUUCCUGCGCAAGACCCGCGAGAACCCCCUGGUGCCCCUCGGCUGCCUCUGCACCGUCGGCAUCCUGACCUACGGACUGAUCAGCUUCAAGAGAGGCAACACCCGUCAGUCACAGCUGAUGAUGCGGGCACGUAUCCUGGCCCAGGGCUUCACUUUCGCAGCCCUCCUGGGAGGCAUGGUGGUCACGGCCAUGAAAUCUAGAAAGUGAAAUCAGGCAAGAGAGAAGCUGCGGCCGCAGGCACGCGCCCACCAGCCUGUGCCCCAGCUGGAAGGGUGGAUUCUGGCUGCGCGUGGAGUUUUCUGUGGGACAGUUGUGAUGUCUUGGCAGAGCCGCUGUCAGAGAGGCUCUGUGUUCUAGAGCACUGGAAACGCAGCUAAUACACCCCUGUGAUUAACCUGCAAUUUGGGCCAUGGCAUUUUUUGAUUCCCUCAGAGCUUAUCGUUCUGCAACACUGGAGGCUGUGGCUCUCCACCCCCAUCAGACCUCUUGUCCCUGCUUGGUGCUGUAACAGUCUAUUAAAAUUGUGUCCUGUG